AUCACUGAAUGCCUUUCUGCCAUCUCAUCCUGGAUGACAUCUCGCCACCUCAAACUUAAUAUUUCAAAGACAGAGUUAAUUAUAUUUCCACCGGCCAAUAGUAGGUACCAACCUGAUAUCUCUAUCACUGUUGAAAACUCGACUAUCUACCCUACCCCACAAGCUCGCUGCCUAGGUGUCAUCCUUGACUCUGAUCUGUCCUUUGUUCCCCACAUUCAAUCUGUCUCAAGAUCAUGUUACAUGCAUCUAAAAAACAUAUCCAAAAUACGACCAUACCUUACACAAGACACUGCUAAAACUCUAAUCCAUGCUCUCAUUAUCACCCGCAUUGAUUAUUGCAAUAGUCUCCUAACUGGUCUUCCCAAAACGAGACUCUCACCACUACAAUCCAUUCUGAAUGCAGCGGCGAGGCUUAUCUUCCUCGCUAGACGUUCAUCGUCUGCAGAUCCACUCUGUCAGUCCCUCCAUUGGUUACCUGUACUCUGCCGCAUUCAAUAUAAAAUACUUUUACUCACACACAAGGUGCCAGUGUUGGAUAUGGAACAGUCAAUAGAAGGGCAUGAGCAGCAACCUAGUAUUGGUGCUCUGACUGCUGCCAGUCUUGAUCAUACUUCAACAUCUAUGAAAGGUGGUGGUCCAGGGAACACAAAGUUUAAGAAAGGAUAG